AUUUCAUAUGUGCAGGUAACUGCCGCGAGUGAGCCAUCACAAAGAGUUGGAGUCAUUUGGACAUCUCCAGGCAACUAUGGGCGCGCUCGACACCGACGUGAAUGAAGCUCCUACCAAUGUCAUCCAAAUUGACGCGAACCGAUAUGAGUCUGCACCAAUUGUCUCUGUAACAGUGUACGUCGCAGACCGUGCAACGGUCACUAGGCGAAUACCAGUGGAAUUGAAGGCAGGAAAGAACGAAGUCACUGUCAAUAAACUUCCGACUAUCCUUGAACCUGAGUCCAUCCGCGUAGAAACAGAGUCGACGAUUCGCGAUCAGGAUCUCGUUGUGUUCGACGUGUAUCACUCGAACGCUGCCUCCAGGAGUAAAAAGCAUGAUGGCGAUACCCUUUUGUUGGCGCUUCGGGAUCGCCAGGCCACUCUCAAGGCAAAACUUACCGCGCUGAACAAGCAGUCUGAGGUUCUGCAGAAGUUUGGUGCGGGCCUUUCUGGCUCCGAUACCAGGCCCGAGGACCUGGGAAAAUUCCUGGAUAUGCAGUUUCGCGUCGAGGAGAAACUAUUUACUGACGUCCAAAGCACGAAUAAAGAACUAUCUGCUGUGCAGAAGGACAUAGAUAAGGCAACGAGGGCAUCUCAAUCCGCACACGAGGAAAAGAAGGCUAUCGGCGUCACAGCCAUUAUUUUAGCGGGUACGGAAGGGCCCGCGGAGGUGAUAUUGACGUACAUGGUAUCCAGUGCAUCUUGGAAAGCACUGUACGACGUUCGCGCAGAUAUUGAGGCGUCUCUUGGCCAGUCCAAAUCAGUGGAUGCAUUCAAUACGAAGGUCAUCCUUGAGUAUCGAGCCUCAAUUGUUCAGAGUACCGGAGAAGAUUGGAAAGGCGUGGCUCUUACCCUCAGCACAGCAUCACCGAAUGUUGGGAGCGAUAUUCCUGAAUUAAGCCCGUGGAAUAUUGGUCAACCACAUACUUUGAGAACGCGUUCCGUCACGAAGUCCCGGGGACUCUCCCUCCGGGCGUCCUCGGGAAUCGUGGCGGAUUCCUUCUCGGCUCCAAAGUACAAGGCAAAGAUCCAAAUGGCGACUGUGACCGAAGGGGCAAUCAGCUCGAGCUAUGAGAUCGCCGGGUUUUCCAAUAUUCCAAGUGAUGAAUCGGAGCACAAAGUGUCUGUUACGGCUGUCAAUUUGGACGCAAAACUGACCUGGAUAACGGCUCCUCGUUCAGUUCCGUCGGUAUUCUUGCAAUGCCGGAUCAAGAACACCAGUAACUUCCUUUUGGUUGCAGGCCAGUCGAGCGUAUUCAUGGACGGGAAUUUCGUCGCUAAAUCGAGCAUUCCUGACGUCUCCCCUGCUGAAUACUUCAACUGCUCCCUAGGUGUUGACCCUGCGGUCCGUAUUACGUAUCACCCUCGCCGACAACUGACUUCGCAUCAAGAAAGUGGCUUCCUGUCCAAGGCGAAAAUAGAGGCAACGACGUUCUCUCAACGUAUAUCAGUUAAAAACACUCGUCCUGGUCCUCUGGAAUGUCUUGUUGUGCGGGAUCAGAUUCCCCUAAGUGCAGACGAGCGCAUUAAGGUCAAAAUCAUCAACCCAAAUGAAGAGGCUCUAGGUCCUUUCAAUGGAAUCGCUUCUACUUCAAAGAGCUUGGCCCCCGAGUCGGUGCCACGUGUGGCAUCCAUUUCACCUAAUGUUACCGCAAGGUGGGCCCAAAAGGACACGGAGGAUGAUAUCCUAGGAGAAGGAAAGGGGCCGAAGGGGGACGGCGUUCUUGAAUGGAUCUGUCUCAACGCGAAGGAUAACCUCGACUUGGAAUUAGUUUAUGAGGUGUCCAAUCCAUCUGGCCUCAAAUGGGAGUGAUAUAUAGGAGGCUUGUUUGGAUGUAAAUUAGGUGCGAUCGGUAUCUCAAUAUUUAACCUGCCC